GCUGCUGCUCACAGGCCCUGCACCCCGGGACCCGCCGGGGGACGUGGAGGGGCCAUGGGGGCCACCGGUGCCCUGGGCUGGCGGCUGCUGCUGCUGCUGCUGCUGCAGGCCGUGCACCGGGCUGCAGGCGCCCGGCCCUGCAGCCCCAAGUACUUCGGCCGCGAUGCCAUGGUGUGUGUCUGCAACGCCACGUACUGCGACACGCUGGACCCCGUGGUCCUGCCGGCCCCGGGCACCUACAUCAAGUACGAGAGCAGCAAGGCCGGCAAGCGGCUGGAGCGCAGCGAGGGGAGCUUCCAGCGCAGCCUGCAUGCCCCAGGGCUGGAGUACAACCUUGUCCGGCUCCCUAUGGCCAGCUGCGACUUCUCCCUCCAUGCCUACACCUACGACGACGUUCCCUUCGACUACGAGCUCGCCCACUUCAGCCUGCGAGACGAGGACACGAAGCUGAAGAUCCCCCUCCUGCACCGAGCCUCGGCCAUGAGCAAGCGGCCGCUGUCGCUGUACGCCAGCCCCUGGACCUCCCCGGCCUGGAUGAAGACCAGCGAGUCCUUUGUGGGGAAGGGCACGCUGAAGGGGCAGGCAGGGAAGUACCACAAGACCUGGGCCAACUACUUCGUGCGGUUCCUGGACGAAUACGCCAAGCACAACCUGACCUUCUGGGCAGUGACGGCGGAGAACGAGCCCACGGCCGGGCUGAUCAACAACUAUCCCUUCCAGUGCCUGGGCUUCACGGCCGAGCACCAGCGGGACUUCAUCGCACGGGACCUGGGCCCCGCGCUGGCCAACAGCUCCCACCGCGAUGUCCAGCUCAUCAUCCUGGACGACAACCGGCUCCACCUCCCGCACUGGGCCAAAGUGGUCCUGGAAGAUGAAGAGGCAGCUCGCUACAUCCACGGCAUCGGCAUCCACUGGUACCUGGACUUCAUCGGUCCCAUACAGGACACGGUGGUGCCCACUCACGAGCUCUUCCCCGACUACUUCAUCCUGGCCACGGAGGCGUGUAUCGGGGCCCAUUUCUGGGAGAGGGACGUGAUCCUGGGCUGCUGGGAGCGGGGGAACCAGUACAGCCACAGCAUCCUGACGAACCUGAACCACUUUGUGGUUGGCUGGACCGACUGGAACCUGGCCCUGGACCUGGAGGGGGGUCCCAACUGGGUCAAGAACUACGUGGACAGCCCCAUCAUCGUGGACACCAGCGAAGGCAUCUUCUACAAGCAGCCCAUGUUCUACCACAUGGGGCACUUCAGUAAGUUCAUCCCUGAGGGCUCCCAGCGCGUGGGGCUCGUCGCCUCCAAAGAGUCCAAGAAGACAGAACUGGAGUACACAGCUUUCCUGCGCCCCGACGGCACCGUGGUGGUGGUGGUUCUGAACCGGUCCCCGCAGAACAUCACCUUCGGCCUGGCUGAUACGGUUGGCCUCAUCGCAGCUGUGGCUCCGGCCAGCUCCAUCCAGACCUACCUGUGGCAGCAGCAGUGAUGGGGCUGGGAUGCCCAGGGCUGACCAGGGGCCGAACCGAGCCGGGCCAGGAGAGCAGCCCCACGCUGCCCACGGGCUCAGGCCUGGGAGCACGGAGGAGGCGGCUCCCUGCCAUCUGCACCGUGACGGAGCCGAGCGCUCAGGCGAGCUGGAGGAGUGAGCCGGGCCGGGGAGCACCAUGCGUGUGUAGAAGGGCCGGGAGCACCGGUGCCCCUCGGGGUGGAGAUCCCACAGGCUGUGAACGCUGUUUGCUGCUGCUCUGACAUUAAAUGCUGAUGCUG